AGGAGCCGCACGAGAACACCAGGCAGACGGCGGAGAGGGUGCUCAAGGAAAUGCUGAAGAUAAAGGCGGCAACAGCGAAUGAAUCAGAUGAGAGAGAGAUGACGCCAGUCCCUGCUGGAGGCUGCCAGUGCCGAUGCCGAUGCUCAAUGGCACGAAGUGCUCAUCGCAGGGGUACCGAUCUGAAGGUGGUGCGUCGCAGGGCGCCGAAGGCGAAAAUGAUGGGGGGGGGCAGGGAUCGAGAAUCAGGGUUUCUGAUUUCUCAGGCCGCUCUCGUGGCUCCCAGAGCCUCCGGGAGCCCACGACGUCGCGAAACGGUCGAGUCGGCAGGGGUCUGGGAACACAGGCCCCUGUCAAGUGCAGACGCUGUGGGGCGCAUUGAUGAGUAGACCCGCGACACACGCGUGUGACUGUCUGAGAUCUCUGCCAAACUAUAGGACGCGGUCCUCUGCGACGAGGCUCCUAUCAUAUGGCGAUGGCAAUCUCGGUUGAACUCCUUAUCGGUGGUCGCGCUGAGCUCUGACUGUGAUGCAUUGAUAGGCCGACGCAUUUCUGUACAGGGGGACCUAUGAACGCAUUCUUCCCGGGCCGCUGUACAUUCCCAGGUGCACGCCAGCCUUCAUGCCAUAGCUGCUGAAAGUCUUGUCCAUCGGCGUCUCGGCCGGUGGCGCGACCACAUAGGUCCAAUUUUGUUCGGUGCUGCCGCCCAGCAUGCGUUCCAGAAUCUUACUCUCUCGAGGCAUUAUCGAACGCAUGUGAAGUUUCCCGCGCCCUCGAGCAGGCGGCUUCCGUUCGUGGUCAUUCACUGCGAUACAGGCUCGCCGUUUCUCCCUUGGUGUUCUCCUCCUCCUCCUCCUCCUCCUCCUCUUCCUCCUCCUCCUCCUCCCUCCUGUCGGGCGGUUCUAGGCAACCGCACCGCCCAUUCGGCUUGCCCUGCUGCCAGCCUGUGCUCGGCCCCUUGGGUCUGCUUCGUCACCGUGGUGCCCCCCUCCGUCCGGGGAGGAGCCGGCAGCUCUCGUCGCCAGGCUGCC